AUGGCGUCCUUCUUUCGACCUCUCGCCUCGUUGGCCCGGCCAGCCAAACCAUCCUCGGUCUGCACACAAUGUCUGCGACCAUUUGCUACCACGCCCGUUCCUCAAGCCGGGCACAACAAAUGGAGCAAGAUUCGCCAUGACAAGGCGGCCAACGACCUGAAAAAGAACAAUACCCGAACUAUCUUGGCCAAGAUCAUCACCAUCUACUCCAAACUCUAUGGCGGAGACCCCAAUCACAACCCGCAGCUCGCGGCCGCCAUUAACAACGCCAAGAAAGCGAGCAUGCCCCGGGAUAAAAUCGAAAGCGCCAUUGCACGAGGCCAGGGCCGUUCCUCAACGGGUGUCUCCCUCGAAUCGAUUACUCUUGAAGCCGUGAUGCCGCCCUCGAUUGCGAUAAUCGUCGACAUUGAAACUGAGAGCAAGCUACGCGCGCUGCAGGAGCUCAACCACCUCGUCAAGAAAGCCAAGGGGUCCACUGGCUCGUCCAAAUUCUUCUUCUCGCGCCGUGGGCGCGUGGUAUUUGAGACGGGUGAGAGCGGGCUCGACGUGGACCAGAUCAUGGACGAUGCGAUCGAGGCCGGGGCCGAGGAUCUGGAGAAUGACGCCGAAGGCAACAUUGUUGUGUGGACCCAGCCAUCUGGGACGAUGCAGGUGUGUAAGGCGGUUGGGCCGAAGUUCGGGCUCAAGAUUCUGAGUUCGGAUAUCAUCUGGACGGCGAACGAGGACACCAAGGCGAGUAUCGAUGAUUCCCAAGAGUUGAUCAACCUGACGGAACUGUUGGAUGCAUUGAAAGAGUAUCCAGACGUACAGGGUGUGUAUUCGAACGUGACGAGGGGUACGAUGAGCGACGAGCAAUGGGCCAAGAUCGAGGAGAAGUUGGAUACCUAG